AUGGUUAGAAUCAUAAAACGACGAGAUACAGUUUUACCAGAAGAUCUUAUUAUCCAUAUCGUCUCCUUCCUUUCGGCAAAGGAAGCUGCGCGCACAAGGGUUCUCUACAAACAAUGGCUGAAUCUAUUUACCAUUGAAUCGGAUCUUGUUUUUGAUUACUCGGUAAAGAUUUGCGGAAGUUUCAAGUCAUUCGUCGAUCGAUUAUUGGCUCGACAUGUCAGUUACCGUGUAAGAAGACUCUCUCUGAAGUUGCGGCCUACGAAUUUUGACUCAGCUCAGUAUAAGCUUGUCAACGAGUGUCUAUGCAAUGUGUUGAAGCGAGGUGUGAUGGAUCUUGAACUGGACAUCAAUGUAGACAAAGAUUACCCAUUGCCUUCUGAGGUAUUCACUUGCAGUACAGUGGUGAAACUGAAACUAGGGUCUGGUUUUGUUAUCGACAUUAUCCCUAAGGAUGCUUCGCUUCCAGCUCUUAAGACUCUCAUUCUUGAUUCAGUUCAGUUCUAUAGUCUUGGUGAUGGUUGUGUGUUCCAGAGGCUUAUUUCUGCUUGUCCCGUGCUUGAGGAGUUAGUCAUAGAUGGCCACAACUGUGAAGAUUGGAAUUGGUCUGGCACUGUGUCUAGUCAGAUCCUUAAUAGACUUACUAUUCGGCGUAAAGAUAGGGUACAACAGGAUGGCUCGAGUUAUGUGGCUAUUAGUUUUGAUACUCCAAGUCUUGAAUACUUAGAAUACUCUGAUCUUCUCCGAGAUGAGUAUCCAGUAGUUAAUCUCAACUCCCUUGUUGAAGCAAAGCUCAAUCUUCCUGUAUGGCACGCUCCGGAGAGUUACAAUCCAGGGAAUCUGGUUAUAGGGUUAAAAAAUGUUCAGAUUAUGAGCUUAGACUAUGUUGAGACAAUGCAGCUGUUUGAUGCCGUCUACCAAGUAAUCCCAAAGUUUGGCAACAUGUGUCAUUUAUCAAUUAGUACUGAACCAGAUUACUGUUGCUAUGGUCUGGAAAUUCUGGUUAAGAAUUCUCCAAACCUGAAGACUCUGACCAUUAAGCCUCUUCUUAAAGGUCUCAAUGAACUCACUAGUUACUACUGCAAACGAGAAACAAGUUGA